AAGUAAUUGUUCGGUACCCUUGGUAUUGGCGUGUUCGCGUUCCAUUAAACUAGUUUCGUCAUAAUAACUGGUAUAUUUGGUGCACGCAGUUUUCGAAACCUCCAUUUUGUUUGAUUUCUGUCAUUCUGGAAUUUACUUACGUUAAGGAGACUCGUUUUGGUUACUUUUCGUAUAGAGGAAGUCAAUAUAGUGCGAAUCAUGCUGGAAAAUAUUUCUAAUCUGGUUUUGGUUGUUUGUCUAGCAACUAGUGUGGCAGGCCUGCCGCAGCCCAGGGGAAUUAUCUGGCCGCCCGGCCGCCGCGGCGGCCGCGCGUCAGGAGGGCCCGCGGGGAGGAUCAAGAGACAGUUUAAUAUCAACCAGGAUUCCGACCCAUAUGGUCAAUGCGGGGAACCCAGCAUGCCAAUAGCUCAUGGAGGCAUAAAGCUCUUCCCUAUUACUGACUUUGACGAUAUUUAUGAUAACUCCUGUAAUAAUUACGGAGGCCAAUCCAACUUUCUGAUGUGUCAACCAAAGUUCUACUGCAACGAAGGCUACGAAGUCAAGGGCAAUGUUGAUCUUGAGUGUGUGGAGAAUGAGGCGACAGGUGUAUACAAGUGGGAAGGAGACAUCCCUACUUGUGUUACCGAACAAUUCUCGGGAUAUUUAAUUAUCUGUAUAGUUGUCCCAGUGGUUCUUGUGGUGAGCAUCAUUUCCGCCAUGAUACGACGAAGAAGUGUCAGGUCUAGGUCUACUCAGCGACGAUGUGUUUCCCGUACCACGAUCGUCAUUCCUCCGUCAUCUACCGUGCCGACUGGACGUUCGAUCUUGUCCGGAGGACCACCACCAUACGAACGCUUUGAUGACAGUAACAUCAACGUUCCCCGAGAGGGGACUAUUCUAAGCACCGGGACUACACCAAACACUCAAGCCAAAUAGGUAAAGCAUUUUGACUGAUCUAGCGUUGUCUUCCCCACUCUACUAGGACACAAUUUGAAUAAUGCUGUAGUCUGAUAGUGAGUAAUACACGUCCAGCAAACACUGAAAAACACUGUCAUUCUAACCUAACAAAAUAAUUAUUCUUAUUUUACUAAUUAUCAAAGUUCACCAAUUUCACCCAAAUAUGAUGAACACUGUUUUAGAUGUAGUCUGAAAUAUAAUAAAUAACAUUGGCACUUCUCUUUCUGUAGACUGAAAAAGGGAUAUUGCUCGUUUAAUGGAACGCGGAUUAAAAUUGGGUGUCGGGAAUUAUACAGUACAGGUAUCUCAUAUUGUUGUUGGCAAGAAUAGGUACCUUUUACUUUGUAAUGUCGUCAACUUUUAAAAAUAAGCAAUUGCUUGAAACAUUUUUACAAACUUUUGAAAGGACGAAAUCAAAGUUGCGUUAAUUAUUAAGUUUAUAUCAAAACAAGUGCUUGGUCAGGAAGACAAUUUGUAUAAUUGUAUAUAUUGUUGGUGAUGUCAUAUUUCGCUCUUCAGUGUAAAACGUUUUUGUUUUGUGAUUAUUUACCCAGACUAAAGACAUGAGGAUACAUAAUUAAGAUUGUGUCAAUGGGCAGCGUUUUGUAUAUCUGGUUUAAAAAUUGUUAUUUGAAUAAAAAGUGGUAUAUCCAUUUGAAGAAGAAAAACAAUUUUUUUUUUACAUGAUUAGAGAUCGGUUUUUUAAUCAAAGUUUAAAACAAUGUAAUCAAUGCGGGAUGAAAUAAUGAAUUCCGUUUAUAUUUGCAAUGCCUGUAAACUUUUUUAUAUGCCUAAUAGGCCUUUAAGUAAGAUAACAUAUGCAUCAUUUUUUAUGAUUAUGUCAUUAUGUGUGAUAUGUAGAACUUCUACAUGGAUGUAAUGCUUUAAAGUCACAGACAUCUCAUAGUCUUUUCCACGAAGUAGUUUCUUUAUAUGCUCAUCUCUCAAUUCAAUUGUGAACGUCAUGUUAAGGCUGAAAAUAAAGGGCUAUAGGCUUACUUUUUACAACUUUGUAAAUAUUAUAUCAUAACGAACCAGUAGGGCAAUUUUAGACUCUUUGGAAGGGUUAGCAAUUUUUGUUGGCGCCCAUCAGUCUGUUUCAUAUGUAUGUCUUUUACUAUUCUUUGAACCAAUAAUUUGUUAAUUUCCAUAGUUCUUACGCCUUCACUCUUUACCCGCCCGUCACGGCCUGAUGAAUCUCACCAUAGGUGACCAUGAGAUUAUGAUUCAGUGUAGAGGGUUUAUUCAGGCCUCUGAUUAGAUGAUACAUUCUUGUAAUAAACAAAGAUAAAUAAAUAA